CCCCGGCGGCCUUCCCGGCCCAGGGGGCGGUGCUGCGGCGGCACGGGGAGGGCUGCGGGGGCGGGACGCCGGGCGGAGGCGGUGCGGCCCGGGGCCCCGGGAGCCGAGCGGCGGGCGCCGGGCCGGCAUGGCGUGGCCGUGCAUCAGCCGCCUCUGCUGCCUGGCGCGGCGCUGGAACCAGCUGGACCGCUCCGACGUGGCGGUGCCGCUGACCCUGCACAGCUACUCGGACCUCGAGAGCGAGGAGCCGGGCCUGGGCAGCGCCGCCUCGCGCAGGGGCCGGUCCCCCGCAGACGCCCGGGACCGCGGCCGGGACGUGCCGCUCACUCAGUACCAGCGGGACUUCGGCGUGUGGACGGCGCCCGCGGGGCCCAGAGAUGCGCCGCAGGGGCGCGGGCCUGGCACGGGCAGCCGCAGGGGCAAGCCCCCCGCGUCCCCUGGCCGGGGCAUCUACGUGCUUCCCAUCGGCGACGCGGACGCGGCUGCAGCGGCGACCACGUCGUACAGAUACUGCAGGAGACCCCUUCGCUGCUGCCUGACCAGCUUCAGAAUGAAUGAGCGAACAGCCCAGCGGACGGGGAGCUCACUACCUAACCCACAGCCCACUCCUCUCUCUCUGGCAGCCCAUUCCCAAAGCCCUGACUUCGACCGAGUUAAAAUCUGCUUCCCCUUAACUUCCACCAGGUGGGCCUAGCCACAGGAGAGGUGCGUGCGGACCAAGCGCCUGAGCUCCCUCUGGCUGAAGCCCUCUGUGGAGGGUACUGUGGUGACUAUCAGGCAGGUGAGGACCCGUGUGGUGGUCCCCUCCACCGACCCCACCGAGUGACUGAAGGCCCCUGGCGUGGCUUUCACUGAGGACAGGGCUAUGACUCCUGCCCUGUCCUCACCCCUUCCACCUCCCUCCUCACCUCUGUCCCUGGACAAUUAUUUUUUUCUUUUUUACAAAAGUUCUACGUACUGUAGAAAAAUUUGAAAAACAGAAAUUACAAUAAAGAAAAUGAGUGUCCCCUAAACCCCACCCCAAACUGGUGGUUCUUUUUAAUCCUUUACAUAUAUCAAAGGGCAUGCACACUUGUAAUUCUUAUAUGGUUAGAUUAUUAUUGUACAUGUUAUUUUCUUCACCUCUUGUGGAUGGCUGUCCAUGUUCCUACUCACAUGUCAUUGGAUAUUUAGUGUUUUUCUAAUUCAGGGCUAUUAAAAACACUGUCCCUUUGAUCCGGUUACUUCACUUCCAGGAAUUUUCCCUACAAGCUUUCUUGGAUUGGGGUGGGAACUAAGGCUGCAACACUGUACAGUGGAAGGUGGAAACCACCCCACUGUCCUACAGAUGGAGGGGACUGGUUAAUUCUGCCCCACCACAGGAUGACUUACUGGGAAGCCCAGAAUGUACUGAGAAGGGAAGAGCUUCAGUAGGUGCAUGUCAAAAAGCAAGAUGCAGAACAGUAUGUCUGCUACUAUUUGUGUUUUUAAAGGGGUUUUGAUAUGUCCAUAUUUGCUCACAGAAGCACAGGGCAUCUCCGAAUGGAUGUGUGAGAAAAUGGUAACCUCUGGGGAGAGAAGGAUGGGGAAAGAGGGAUAGAGGCUGUCAUGGAUGGAAGGAAUCUGACUUUUCACUUUUCUCUGUCUCUUUCGAACUGGUCCUUUAAAAAAAAAGUACAAGUAUUAGCUUUUCAAAAAAAAAUUUUUUUUAGAAAAGAACUUCUGUAAUAAGCAUGUUUAUAGUUAAAUCCUUGGCCAUAAUUUUAGUAUAAAUUCCUACUUGUGG